UAUCUUUCAAGAUUUGAAAAAGUGGGAAAUGGUUCUUCGGUCUGAAUCCGAAACGUAUCGCUUGCGAAGACGCAUGAUGUGUUCGGACACCGUCACGGAUGUGCAAGACGCGUGAGAAGACUGUUCUUUUUUGGAGGAACGUUGUUUUUAAAAUUUCUCUGUCUCAUAUCCGGUCUCGACAGCAUCAUCGACACCCAGGAAAUAGCGAUAUGAAAGAGUGACGAAUGUCACAAUAUUGUUCAGGGAUCAUUCGGCAAGAUCAGUGAAUCUUUUGUCUUGAGUUAAAAAAAACAAAAAAAAAACGGGACUCGGGAUGUGAAAGGACACGGGAACAGAAUGAGCCCUUUGGAUUAAAAAAAAAAACAUUCGAACUUCCUGUGGAGUGCUCUGUUUUUAUUAUUAUUUUUUGGCCCGUCGACGUUUUGACGGAGACCUUCUUCGCUGAAAGAUGGGGCUUUCGGCCAUGUUUUGCAAAUUGAUCUCUGUCCGGGCAAUCUUCACGAUCAGCUGUUUUAUGUUCCUCUGCGGGUUUAUUCAUCCAUCGGAAGCGGAUUAUCGGGCUAACCUCUCGGCGUGGAGAAACGUCAUCACGCAGCCAUGGCUCAAUAAGAGGCCGCAGCAGGAGCAGCAGCAGCAACAUCAGUAUGCUAAUUCGCACUCGCCAUCAGCCAGAUCCAAAUCCUCACCAACGAAUAGCAAGAUGCCACCGCCAAUCACUGCUGUUGACAAUCAGAAAGUCGUGAAAAUGCCAGAAGAAAGAUUGUUGAGUUCACCACGUCCCAGUUUGCCGUCAAAAAGGCAAACUUUAUUUAAGACGAAGAAGCCUUCCAACAGCAAGAGGAAUGUGAACGCUUCAGAUGCUGCUCCAAAGGCUAGUGUUCCCAACCCGCAGUGGUCCACGGACCAGCACGGGUCCACAGAAGUUUUUGCCGAAUCCUUCCAAUACGGAAGAAAACUGAAAACCAGCAAAAGGAGGUUUACCCAGGACCAGUCGGUGUCGGGUUCAACAUCGACCAAGCAAAAAGUUACCACGAGACGAACAGAUAACGUGCCAAAGGGCUCUCUUCAAGCGCCACCAGUUGCCGGGAAACGACAGCAAGUGGGGCCGCCGAUUUUCGCACCUGGGUUUGGGCCAGGAGGGCAAUCACGCCCAACGAGUUCCAACAGGGUUCCUACGCAAGCAGUGACUGCCAAUGUGUUACCUGCGAUUUCGGCACUUCAAUCUCUGGUGGACAGGCCUUCAGGACUAGGACCAAGGCCAAACAAUUCCCCAAAUGGUGUCAACAACAACAAUAAUAACCGGUUCACCAAUAGUCCCCCCAGACAAUUCACCCAACAGCGGGGACCCCCUUCUUCUGCUCUACCUUCAACUACAAGAGAAUUGCCUGUGGGUACGCAAACCCCUUCUGCAGGUAGACCCGGGUUCAUAAGCCAAUCUACGCCAGGAGGCAACCGUUUGCAAAGUGUAAACAACAGACCAUCGAUCGGUGCUGGCCCCAGAAGUACAGCACCUCAACAACGACCGAACCAAAACUUCAAUAGGCUUCAGGCCCCACCCAUAAUAAGCCAAUCCCAAAUUCAGCAAUCCCGCCAAGUGCAAAACAGGGGUCCUCCAGCACAGCAGCUCACUCAACAAUCCAGAACCGUUUCUGCCCAGCAAAGAGUACCAUUCAAUAACCAACAACAGCAGCAGGUGACAACCGUCAGACCAGCACCAACUGCAUUUUCACCACCAGGUGGCACCCGAAAUCCCACACCAUCCGGAAACAACAACAGAUUUUCUGCGAAUGUUAGGCAGAGAUUCCCUUUGCCACAGGCUCCAACCAGGCUCUUUGCUGCUUUUGGCAGACCCGCACAAACUGGCGUUCCUCCAAAUAAUAAUAAUAAUAAUAAUCAGAACAGGAGACCUUUGUCGACCCCUCACCCAGUGCUGUCGCUUAUUGCCGCGAGCCGACCACCGGAAGCUUCUCGACCGGAUGUGCUGAUCACCUCGUCCAGUGUCAACAGCCGAUUUUCUCCCCCGCAGGGGGUUAUUUUACUAAGGGUGGCGCCACUUCAGCCAGUGGGCGAGGUUCACGGGGACGGUUGGCAACCCCUAACAAGCCCUGGCGGAUCUCGCGCGGAGCCGACUGUCCCCGGACAACCGGCGCCACUUUUCAACGCCAUCUUGCGGAAUUUGCCCACACCGCCGCAACCUGCGAGGCCGGUGUUCCCAACCCGUGACCCGUUCUCCACUCUGGAACCCGUGUUCCCGGGCACUGUAACAAGUGUGCCGCUCAUCCAGGUCCAAACCCCGGCUCCGACACAACCCACUUCACUGCCUCCAGGAUUUUCCCCGUCUUCGGAAUUCACGCGUAUUGCGGAUAGUGGAAAUGUCAAGAGGAACCUGGUCUUCCGCAGCCCGAUCUCAGUGUCCAACGAUGACCCCGAGGGGGAUUCCAGAAAGAACCGUCUCGUGGGUUUCACUGGGGGUUCCAGCACGAGUAGCAGCUUUUUGGAUCAGGAAGAAUUGGACCGGAGGAACGCAUUUAGCAGACUCGCCAAAGAAUUCGAAGGUUUCGAUGCCAAAAACAACGAGUCAACGGGGAGCAGCAACAAUCAUCAAAUCGGAACCACCACCAGAUUUGGAGAUCGUCCAAUCAUCCCUGUGACCAUCACCUCGGGCAAGGACAGUAACUUCUUCUCGCCCGACCCCAACCCCGACUUCGGCAGAAGCACAAGCUUCCUGCAAACCUACCAACACUACCCCCCGUUCGACAACCCCAGUCAGCAACUCAUUUCGACGACCCCCAGAAUAAGCAGCAUCAGCAGCAGCAUCAACAAAGGUCAAGCAACGUCUGCUGACAGCACACGAGGUCCUCUGGUGAGUCUGCUGCAACUUCCGCAGCAGACGUCUUCGCAUCAGCAACAAUCCCUGAGAAACGGGUUCGGAAUUUCCUCGGACGCCGAAAUAGUGCAGGGCGAAGAUGACCCGGUUGUGAUCCGCCUGGAACCCGUGGACUUCAUCACGCCGACAUCGAAGGCGGACACGGGCGACGACCUCGUCGUUGCCGGGGAAGAUGACCCGGUUGUGAUCCGCCUGGAACCCGUGGACUUCAUCACGCCGACAUCGAAGGCGGACACGGGCGACGACCUCGUCGUUGCCGGGGUUCGCCUCCUCAACUCCGCCUCCACUUUACUGACGUCGGCGGGAAGCGACGAGGCCAACGACGACGACGACGACGACUUCGACAGCAACAAAAACAAUUCGAAAGACGACGACGAGGACCUCGGCAAUCAAUUGGGGAAAUCGUCGACGUCCUUCUGGCGAUCCGAGCUGCGCCAACGCCCUGACCUCGUGCCUGUCGACGCCAAACUCGACGACUUGUUUGCCGAAUUUCAUUCCCCUUUCCCAAGAGUGUCGAUGUCGACGGAGUUCGACAGGUUCCUCGCUGCCAAUUCCAAGAAGAAUUCGGGUUUUUGAUUUCCCGUGAUACCCGAAGACAUGUUGUCAUUUCCGCGUCCUCCGGUGUGUUUCUCGCGGGGAUGGGACAUGGAAACAUAUUUCAAGUGUAAGACAAGGAGAAAAGAAGCGAAGACGGGAACUGUACACUGUUUCAACAUGUGCUCUUCUUCUUCUUUUAUUUUUAUUGAAUCCGUCCGCGGCGAUGAGUUGUUUUGUUGUAAAGAGUCGCCAAGUGAAGUGUAAUGAAUUGAAUUCAUCUCUACACCAUCAA